AUGGCUCCCAUCACCAAGGAGACCGACUACCUCGUCAUUGGCGGCGGCAGUGGAGGUCUUGCAUCUGCGCGCAUGGCCAGCAGCAAGUUUGGCAUCAAGGCUACUAUUGUCGAAAACAAGCGACUUGGUGGAACUUGUGUGAACGUUGGCUGUGUGCCAAAGAAGGUCACUUACAACGCUGCCGCCCUCGCCGAAGCCAUCCACGACGCAAAGGCUUAUGGCUUCUCCGUUGAACAAACCGCUCCCUUCGACUGGUCCACCUUCAAGACCAAGCGUGACGCCUACAUCAAGCGCCUGAACGGCAUCUACGAGCGAAACCUAAACAACGACAAGGUAGACUACCUACAUGGAUGGGCGCGCCUCGUCUCCAAGAAUCAGGCUGAGGUCACACUCGACGACAACUCCAAGGUCCUGGUCAACGCCAAGAAGAUCCUCGUCGCUGUCGGCGGCAAGCCUACUAUUCCCCCUGAGAUCCCCGGCGCCGAAUACGGAACCAACAGUGAUGGGUUUUUCGAUAUCUCGACACAGCCUAAGAAGGUUGCUAUUGUCGGCGCUGGCUACAUCGCCGUCGAGUUUGCUGGCAUGUUCAACGCCCUUGGCACGGAGACUCAUCUCUUCAUCCGCCACGACACUUUCCUUCGAAACUUCGAUCCCAUGAUUCAGGAGAGCGUCACCAAGGAGUAUGAGAGACUCGGUGUUAAGUUGCACAAACGCUCGCAGGCCAGCAAGGUCGAGAAGGAUUCCAACGGAAAGCUUACCAUCACUUACAAGGAUGAUCAGGGCAACGAGAGUGUUGUCAGUGAUGUCGACAACCUGAUCUGGGCUAUUGGCCGCACUCCUGAGACUAAGGGUAUCGGUCUGGAAGAGGCUGGAGUUAAGCUUGGCGAAAAGGGACAUAUCCUCGUGGACGAGUACCAAAACACGGCAGUCGACAACAUCUACGCUCUUGGUGACGUUACCGGAGAAGUUGAGCUGACGCCAGUUGCUAUCGCAGCUGGUCGCCGUCUCGCACACCGUCUGUUCGGCGGUCCCGAGUUUGCUAACCUCAAACUCGACUACAGCAAUGUCCCCUCAGUUGUCUUCUCCCACCCUGAAGUCGGCAGUAUCGGUCUUACCGAGCCCGAGGCCAUCGAGAAGUAUGGCAAGGACAACAUCAAGGUCUACAAGGCAAGCUUCACAGCCAUGUACUAUGCCAUGAUGGAGCCUGAGCAGAAGGGACCAACAAAUUACAAGCUGAUUGUUGCUGGACCUGAGGAAAAGGUGAUUGGUCUUCAUAUUAUGGGAUUGGGUAGUGGUGAGAUGCUGCAGGGCUUUGGUGUUGCAGUCAAGAUGGGUGCCACAAAGGCCGAUUUUGAUAGCUGUGUUGCCAUUCAUCCCACCAGCGCUGAAGAACUUGUUACUUUGAAAUAG